ACUUCAGAUAAUUCUCUUUUCCACGAAAACAAAACUUCUAGAUGCUUUGGUAAUCUCCAAAGAUGUGCUAGAAUUAUAAUCCUACAGUUAUAUCAUUUCAGUCAGACUGCUAAACUCUGUUGUUUCAUUCAUAGAUCCUUCUCCACCUGGAGACAUAAGAAUAGACUCUGUGGAGACCGACUCAGUUUCUCUAAGCUGGGGCAGACCACCCGGUAUGGAUGGAAUCCAGUAUACAUUUAGCAUAACCUACUCCAGCUCCAUUACGGGUUACAUUGGAACCACCAACGCAACUUCCAAUUCCACUGUCAUUUCUAACCUGAUACCAGGAAGCGAGUACGUCUUCAGUGUCACCACAGUACAGGCCCAGGGGAGUGGGAGCACACCUGCUUCAAUAUCUGUCUAUACAAAUCCUUCUCCACCUGGAGACAUAAGAAUAGACUCUGUGGAGACCGACUCAGUUUCUCUAAGCUGGGGCAGACCACCCGGUAUGGAUGGAAUCCAGUAUACAUUUAGCAUAACCUACUCCAGCUCCAUUACGGGUUACAUUGGAACCACCAACGCAACUUCCAAUUCCACUGUCAUCUCUAACCUGAUACCAGGAAGCAAGUACGUCUUCAAUGUCACCACAGUACAGGCCCAGGGGAGUGGGAGCACACCUGCUUCAAUAUCUGUCUAUACAAAAGCUGAAAUCCAUGCAAUUCUUGCUGUAAAAUACAAGUGCUCUGAUGAACCACAACAGUGCCAGAAGAUAGUAGAGGAAAAGUUUCGAGCCAUAUUGGGGAAGCAGCUAUCUGGAGUGACAUGGAGCCUGAAAAUUCUAGACAACCAGAAAGGGAAUUAAUCGUAAUGCUCAUCAUAAAGAGCAUUCAUAUAUAGUAGAGCCUCAUGUUCAUGUGCUUCAGCCAUCUGACAUUUCUGUGUAUCAGAUGCAAAUUAUUGCAUUCAAAUUAGCUGUACAUAUUUUUCUUAACUAUAUAUUUAAAAAUAUAUUCAAGUUUUUACUAAAAUACACAAUAUCUCAAGUUGUAUACAUUUAUAUUUUAAACAUAGCACAGGAAGAAGGAGAAAACACAGAGCAUGUGUUUCAGUUUGAUCGACACAAUCACUGUUCUUAGGGAUACUUCCAGUAAGAUGCAUUUGCAAGGGUGCAAAGUUUACCCUGAUUUUCUGAAUCAUCCUCAA